GGCGUGGCGUUUACAAACUCCCGUGUAAUGAUUGGCGUGCCAAAGUAAAAGACGUUUUCUUUUACCGAAAAAAAAAGAAAGAAGUUAGGAAAGGAAAGUGCCUUGAGAAAACAUGGCGGAGUAAGAGAAAGAAACUUUACCGAUGCUUCUUCAAAAAGCGAGAAACUCUCCCACCACAGGACAUGUAGCGCGAUUACACACUUUAAAGCUGUUCAAAUCUGAAAGUGAGGAUGGAGGCCUCGUGUCUGGAACUGGCUCUGGAAGGUGAGCGUCUGUGUAAAGUGGGAGAUUACCAUGUGGGUGUCUCCUUUUUUGAGUCAGCCAUCCAGGUGGGCACAGAAGACCUGCAGAUUUUGAGCGCUAUCUACAGUCAGCUGGGCAAUGCCUACUUUCACCUGCACGACUACAACAAGGCGCUGGAAUACCAUCGGCAUGACCUCACGCUCACCAGAACUAUCGGAGAUCAGCUGGGGGAAGCUAAAGCCAGUGGUAACCUUGGAAACACAUUGAAGGUUUUGGGUCGCUAUGAUGAAGCAGCAGUUUGUUGCCAAAGACAUCUGGACAUUUCCAGGAUGCUCCAUGAUAAGGUGGGGCAGGCCCGAGCGCUGUAUAAUUAUGGGAAUGUGUACCACGCCAAGGGGAAGAACAUAUGCUGGAGCGGUAUGGACCCUGGAGACUUUCCCGAGGAGGCACGCAUCGCUCUGAAGAAAGCAACAGAGUACUACGAAGCGAAUCUGGCCAUUGUGAAAGAGUUGGGGGACAGAGCGGCACAGGGCAGGACCUACGGUAACCUUGGCAACUCGCACUAUUUGCUCGGAAACUUCCAGGAUGCUGUUCUGGCUCACGAACAGCGUCUCCUUAUUGCAAAGGAGUUUGGAGACAGAGCUGCAGAGCGGAGAGCAUAUUGCAACCUUGGAAAUGCAUACAUAUUUCUUGGACAAUUUGAAGUUGCAGCUGAACAUUACAAGCGGACGCUGCAGUUGUCGCGGCAGCUGAAGGACAGGGCCGUGGAGGCUCAGGCCUGCUACAGUCUGGGCAACACCUACACGCUGCUGCAGGACUAUGAGAGAGCCAUAGACUAUCACCUCAAACAUCUCAUCAUUGCUCAAGACCUCAAGGACAGGAUUGGAGAAGGGAGAGCGUGCUGGAGUUUAGGGAACGCCUACACCGCACUGGGAAACCACGAGCAGGCCAUGAGCUUCGCUGAAAAACAUCUGGAGAUCUCCAAAGAGAUUGGAGACCGUGGUGGGGAGCUGACGGCUCGAAUGAACGUAUCUGAUCUGCAGUUAGUUUUGGGUCUGAAGCAGAACAAUUCAAACACUAACAGCUCUGCCUUCAUCGAGAGUCCGCCCGGUGACAGCAGUCUGCCUGAUGGAAGAUCCAGAGGAAGCAGGAGACACAGCAUGGAGAACAUGGAGCUCAUGAAACUCAGCUCUGACAAAAAUAUGGACCAGGCCUGUGAGGAGUCUACAACCCCUCAGCAAACCAAAUCGCCAACCAAAUCAUCCAUAGCCAAGACAUCUUCUAAACUUUUCUUCAUCAAUCGCUUCAGGAGCAAAAAACACAGGCUGAAUGGGUCAAACUCCAGUCCGCCUGCUGAGAACCACAGCAGCAGCAGCAGCAGCCCACCUUCAGUCCGUCUGGACAAACAGUACGUCCCAGACACUCUGGGUGACGACGGCUUUUUUGAUCUUCUGAGCCGUUUUCAAGGCAACCGCCUGGAUGACCAAAGGUGCUCGUUACAGGACGGCCCAAGCCGUGUUCCCUGUGAAACCCCACCUGUAGCCUUGAAGAAACCUAUUUCCACGCCUGGAGCGGAGGCCUCGGCACAGCCUGGCCAUUUAUUAGACCUGCUGGCCAGCUCACAGAGCCGUCGGCUGGAUGAGCAGCGGGCCAGUGUGGACGGUCUCCCGGGUCUCCGGCUAGACCAGUGCCACAGCCAGGAUGUUCUCAGCAAACUCAUGGCCUCGGCUGAUAACAAAGAAGCAGAUGAAGACUUCUUCGACAUGCUGAUUAAGUGCCAGGGAUCCAGACUAGAUGAUCAGAGAUGUGCUCCUCCACCUCCUCCCACCAGAGGCCCUACAGUCCCAGACGAAGACUUCUUCAGCCUCAUCCUUCGCUCCCAAGCCAAACGGAUAGAUGAGCAGAGAGUCAUCUUACCGUCAGACACAAGACCCCUUCAGAACAAUCCUGACUGACAUGUUCUUUAUGAAGCCAGAAUACUAUUUUAGGACCUUGCAACCUCACUGAAGUCUUACUCAUGAAUCAUUGCCUUGUUGAAAAUUAGAGCCUACAAGAUGAUUUCUCUUCUCACUUAACAAGAUUUUUGAAGGAGGAGAUGCGUGAAGUUCUUUUAUUCUCGCUACUACCAUGAUCUGAACUGGAUUCAGACGUUUCUGUGCAGAAUAUAUGCUUAUAUUCAGACCAAGACCGUACUCUCUUUCUCAGGGAUUCAGUACAACACACUGAAUGCAUUUAAUUUACCUGGAUAACUGGAUGGACUUAACCAGCAGUAGAUUAUGUCAGACCAUUUUAUAUAUAUUUUUAAGACUAAACAUAGUAUCAGUUUUGUUUUGAUUCUUUCUUUGACUUGAAAUGUUUUAUGUUAUCUUUUAAUACCAGCGAAGCAAUGCUCUAUAUUAAUAUUUUGAGGUUUUAGAAACGAGCAGUCUGCAAAAGUUUGGAUUUAUGUAAAUAUAAAAUUCUAUGUUCUGGAAAGUAUAUAAGACAAGAAUGUAUUACUAAAUUUAAAUGACAAGAGGGGAAUAAAGCCUCAUUUUAAUAGAUCCUGC